AUGCGACUGCUUUUGCAGCUGCUCUCAGUCAGCGCUGGUGUCAAAGGCGUUUUAGCAGAAUGUGACUCCGUGACGGAUCGGAUCCGCAAUUUGUCGACCUAUCCGCACUACGACAAGCGCUCGCGUCCAGGUCUAGGCCAGGGUCAGCCUGUGAACGUCACCAUGCAGAUGUAUAUUGCGGCCAUUUCCAGUGUGGACCAGAAGGGGCAGCAAAUCGCCUUGGAGGGCUAUUUCCGGUGGGAGUGGGUGGACCCUCGACUAGCUCACAACGAUGACUGUGGCCAAAUCACGAUGCAGCUUCCAGUUGACGAUGUAUGGCAGCCAGAUAUCUACAUUGACAACACGCUGAGCGAGUGGUAUGGUGCUGGGUCCUUGAUCGUGUACCCGGAUGGUCGCGUUUGGAGGUCGGCACGGUUCAAUCACAAUCUGCGCUGCCCCAUGGAGUUUCACGCAUUGCCCUUCGACAAGCAGACAUGUUUUGUGCAGAUGUCAUCCUACUCCUUCGACAUUGAAAACAUCAACGCAGGUCCUUUCAGCAACGGCGCAGUUGUGAUGCCUCAAGGUUACACCGGAACUACCGAGUGGAAGCUGUCGGAGGUGAGGUCAGAGGCAACCGUUGAGUGGUUCGGUGUUGGUGACAACCUUCAAGGCUACAAGUACGUCUGGAUCUACCUGGAAUUGGACCGCCGACCCAAUGCCUUCAUGAUCUUCGUCUUCUUCACCAGCGUCACCUUCGGAAUCGUUUCCUGGGUUGGGCUUUUCAUCAACCCGUCCGCUGCCCCCGCCCGCGUCGCCAUCGCGGUUAUCCCAGUUUUGAUCAUGCUGAACCUUGAGAACAGUGUGACGUCCCAGCUGCCACCUUUGAACUACAUGACAUGGCUCACAAGCUUUCUCUUCACGAUCAAGUUGUUCACCAUGUCGGUCGUCUUCGAAUAUGGCUUGGUGUCCUGGCUCAUGAUGGUGGAACACCACAGGGUCCGCAAGUUCGAGGCAAUGAAGCAGAUGGCCGCAUCCUUACAGAAAGAUAAAGAAUUCUUGGAUGCGGUCCAGAAGCAAUCGGACAUAGGGUUACAGGUGGACGGGGAGAACACUGCCAGUGAGCUCUUGAAGAAGGGUCCAGAGCAGGUCCAGGAGGUCUACAAGAUGUUCGACUCCGACCAAUCUGGCUGCAUGAGCAAGAAAGAGAUCCAGGUAGGCUUCCGGAAACUGGGACAAUACUUGAGCAUGGACCAGGUCAAUCGAAUGUUCUUCCGGCUUGGCGUACAAGAAGGUACUCUCCAAGCACACGACUUCACACGUCUCCUGCUAAAUCUUGCGGAGUACAUGCCAGGAACGCCCUUCACCAUCUCCUAUUGGGAGCGCCCCCCCUCACUGCAAGCCGACCUUGCGUUCCGCUACGUGUACAUUGUGUGUCUGG